AGGAAUACAUGUCACGUCAAGAUCAGAUGAUGAGCUUCAUUUUUUUAACUGAGAAGAGAAGGUGAAGUCAAGAAAAGGGAGGGCUAUUUGGUGAGAGAAUUAGCACCUUUAUUUCCGUAUUUGGCAAGAGUGUUACAACGUGACGCCAUUUGUUUCUUAAUCAACUCAAUGAAGGUCAGUCAUUGCAAAAAUGAUCGGGACUGAGUGAGAUGAGCUGUGAGCAGGUACUCGGACUUACAAUUUCCCACUUUGUAGGGAAAAUCAGCUGGUAGCCGCACCAUGCUGUUAUCACGUGGACGACCAUGGGUGCCGGCCGCAGAGUCCUCGCCUUGCUUGCUGUCACCUUCGUCUACCUGUUCAUUGGCGCCUCCAUCUUCUCAGCCAUCGAGUCAGCACAUGAGGAGCGCAUCAAGUCCGACCUGCACAACCGCUUGGAGGCCUUCGUUGAGCGCAACCCCUGUGUCAACGUCUCAGAGUUUCGGGAGGUGCUGUUGGAGGUGUGGUAUGCUGCCUCCAUUGGCGUGGAGGGGAUGGUUGGACAAGAGAACUACACCUUGCCAUCGUCUCGCUGGGAUCUGGCCAAUGCUUUCUUCUUCUCAGCUACUGUCAUUACAACUAUAGGAUAUGGCCACCUAUCUCCGGCUACUUCCUCUGGCCAGACUUUCUGCAUUGCCUACGCAUGCUUCGGCAUUCCACUCAUGGCUGUCCUGGUAUCGGAAAUCAGCUCCAAGUGGAAACAGCGACUGAUCAACGCUGCUUCGCGUCUGGAUACCCGCCUCGUAAAUGUGUUAAAGCGCCACAAGGUACGUCGAGUGGCUAGCGGUAUCCUCCUAGUCAUACCGGCCUACGUUAUUGUGAUCAUCAUACCAGCCACUGUGUUUUCGUACAUAGAAGGUUGGGACUUCUCGGUGGCGCACUACUACUGUUUCAUCUCGUUGAGCACUAUUGGACUCGGUGACUAUGUAGCAACGCAGCAUGUCCUCGACAGCAACGUCCUCGUGUGGGUGUACAAAAUAGGGACCACCCUUUAUUUAAUUGCGGGGCUUGGCAUCAUGGCCAUCGUGUUUCACGGUGUACGGACAAAGCAGAGAAAGCCUACUCAAUUCACUUUCCGGCAACGGUUUGCAAACAUUUUGAGGAAGCGGCGAAAGCCGUGGCUGGAGAUCAUGGAGGAGCAGGCUGAUGUUUUAGCUGACAACCACCCGGUAGAAGGGGGUGUUAUUUCUUCGGCAGUUGCUGCCGCAGCAGUGGCAAUUACAGUAAGUGACACAGAUAAGCAUCGCGGACAGACCCCACAAAAUGAUCUCGAUUCCAGUGGGAUGUCGUCCGACAAUAACGGUGAUAGCGAUGAUGAUUUCAGUGAUGAUGGCUAUCUUGACGAUCAGUGCAGAUCUCAGCAUUGCCUGCAAAAGCACAAGCAGAUCAACACUGGCGACAUUUGUAGCAAAGUCAGAAAAUCUGACGAUUUCUUGGACCCUGCGAGUGAGGAGGACCCUCCUUUUGCAUUCGCGAGUGUCAUAGCAGACAGUCACCCUUCCUUAUCGGUUGAUCUGGAUUCCGAGGAAACUGAAAAAGGAUCCCAGAGAGGGAAAACCUUCAACGAUAUCGACAAUCCCAAAUACUCUCGGAAAUCAAGUCUGCCUCAGAGACUAGACUUUCGUAAUUUUGGAGCACAUAAGAGAGAUGAUGACUGCAUGCCGCGAUUAAACCGUACCCUAUCGCAGCCCCCAACACGGAGGAACCUCCACAGUGAUGGCAAGACGGAGGGGGGAGUCCUGGCUUCUAACUUAGCCAAGAAGAAACUCUGGAGUCCUUCUGGAAGCUACGCUGGUGAGGAUUCUGGCAUACACGCUGCGUCCUCGCAGAGUACAGUUGAAAUGGAAAGUACUGUCUGAGAUCGGCGGUAAGUCCUACAUUUGUCAUUUGGACACGGCAGGUCAAAGUGGAGUGCAUGCUUAAUGCCAAGAGGUGGCGUUUGAUUUACAGGUUUGUAGAACAGAAAGGAAGUGCGCGGCCUGCCUUGUAGAAUGCAGAUGGAAUUUCUUUAUGAUCUAUUUGUUCUGGCUUUUGACUUCUACCAAUAGACUGAUCCGUUAAGGCCAGCCCACUGCGCAUGUGGGCAACAACACGUGUGCGUCUCUUAUAUUAAUUUUAUUACAGGGACAAAGGGAAACACAAUGCCUUGUCCUUGAGAGUAAUGUAAAGUGUAUGUUCACGAGUUGCUCGGCUUCACCACCUCUUGCCCAUGAAGCGAGCAACGUACAGGCGGCAAAGCCGACUCCCCCUCCGUAGUGGGCAGGGCGAAGCCUCGUAUUGAAUAAACAUACAAGGGACAAUAUAUCCGGCAUCAUCAGAAGUCCAAAUGUAUGUGGGCAACAGAUCUUGUGGUUUUAAACAAAAUUUGCAACCAUUUCAAAUAUGUGUUAUUGGCUACUUUGACAGCCAAUUUUGGCAACUCGGACUUGUGGUGUUAAAGAACACGUUUGAACAAACUUUAAGUUGCACUGAGUAGUUGGUUUAGGCAAAAAAAAAAAAUCGUUCUGCUUCUGAUUACAUGGCAUUCGAAAAAGGGUAGAUAGGUAGGGAAUUUGUAUUUUCCAAUUUUUUUGGGGUGUACGAUCAUAAGAUAGAAAUUGAUGGUUUGGGGUAUUUUUUCCCCUCAUUUUCCCCAUAAAAAAAUUAGGGUAGGGGCUACCAGAAUAGGGUAGAUAGGGAAACCGAAAGCAAAAGUAUUUUUUUUUGGCCUUAGCUGAAUAUUUUAAAGUGUAAUAUGACUGUAUUAAUUUAGCAAAUGUAAUAUUUAUUUUUAUUUACAUGUAGUAUUAAAGUGUGUGUAUAUUAUCUAAGUAACAUUCAUGUACAUGUACACUGUCUAGGCUCUGAACUCAUUCUGUAUAUUUCUUGUCGAGCACUUGUUUGUAGCAUGUAGAAUUCUUUCAGUUUGAUUGAAAGAUACAUGUAUGCACCUGUACAGGUAUGUAGGACCAAUAAAUACAUACAAAUGUACAUGUACACUGUAUAGUGUGUAAGAAAUACAUAAUUUUUCCAAUUCAUAUUUUCAUAUUUUUUAUGCACAAACAACAAUGCAGCAAUUUUUGUAAUUUUGUUACCGAAGCAAAUCUGAUACACGGAAGUUUAGCUCUUUCAUUUUGUGCUGUAAUAUUUUUGCACAUAAAAUUUCUUUGAGAUAUUUUUUUUGCUAAAAUUUCAAAAUCAUUCCAUUUAAACUGUGCAUUCCAUUUUGCUAUGCUGUUAUUUUGUAAAAACACAUUUUAAAAGUUGUGAAUUUAAAUAAUGUUAUAUUUUCACAUGCUUUAUGCACAUGUCAUCAAUUUUUUUUAUAUCAAACUGCCAAAGCACAUUUUAGUGGGUGGCGUUAUUUUUGUAAUUUAUCAAGCAAUUUGAAAUUUGAAAUCAUUCCUUUCAUAAGUGGUACUUAAAUAUUUUUUGUCAAAAUAUCAUCACAGAUUGCAAAAUAUAUUGAUGUAAUUUCCAUAAACAUUUACAUGUCGAUGUAAAAAGUGGAUAUUUUAAUGUUUUUUAAUCAAGUUCCAUUGCGUUCUUGAGUUUCAAAUAGGCUGACGAAUGCAAAUUAAUGAUUGUCUUUCAUAAAAGCCAAACGCACAUAAUUGCAAGCGUGUAUAAUAAAUUCCAAAAGUAUUUUUAAAUCAUAUUUGCAAAUAUAAAGAAAUAUAUGCAACUCCAUGUUUAAUAGCAUGAUGUAAACAUUUGUUAACAAAAAUUUUAAUUUUAAUCAAAAACUGCCAAAAUUGCUGAUAUUGUAAGCUUGAUCAGAGCAGUACAACGUGUGCACUGGACGUUUUCAUGCAUAUUUUUACAAACACAUUGCAACAUUAACAUUUCACGUCCAUCUAUGCUGUACAUUAUUUGUGGGUUGUAGAUUUAUGCAUGUACAUGCACAUGUAUAUAAAGAAUAGUAAGCUUUAAAAUUACUCAGUCAUUCAAACAAAUUAAAAAGAUACAUGUACAUGUAGCCCAAAACUUGCCCAUUUCCCCACAUUGAUACUUGUGGAGGGUUUUGUCAGACCUUAAAAUUGUGAAUUAGACUUGUAAGAAAAAAUUCAGAUCAUGUACGGUAAAUUAAUGCAUGUAGCAGAAACUCAAAAAUAGUGUUUUGGCCUCCACUGCCAUUUCUUUAAUACAAGCACACAAAGCUAUGCCCCCUUGAGUGUCUAUAUAUAUCUAAAGGAAGUGGGCGUCCGUGUACAUAUUUGCAUCGAGCCUGUUUGGUGACGAGGGUGGGAUAAUACAAUCAGAGUACAUACGCAAACCAUGCAAUGACGUAUACAUUCCUAAAUAAGCCAAGGCAAGGCUGACACUCAAUGAACAUGGGAAGUGCGUGUGCAAUAAAGUCAUGGCACAUGUGAAUGGGUGAUAUACACAUAUUCUGAUCUAAAAAGCUCAAGCUUUCUGUUUGAAAAUCAAGAUCAAAGAAGAUUUGUUUUUGAUAGAAGUUAGUAACUCAGGUUAAGUUAUAAUGUAAAAU